CGCUUCCGAGGCAAAUCGGCCGCCGGCCUCGACGUCACUGUCGACGUCGACGUCGCUGCUCGCGCCAAUCGGCGAGUGCAGAGGGUGAUUCGAUCGGCGACCGAAUUGUCUCCUCGCCAUGCGCCAAUGAACGGGCCCAUCUCAGCCCACAGCUUCGGCCAGCGGUCGGGCGGUUCGCCACGGCCUCUUUCGCUGCGCCGACGCCUCCAGUCGUUGCUUUACAUUUCGAGGCUGGCCCGAGACGAGAACAGUUCGCACAGUGAACAACCCGAAGUCGAGGUGCCCAAGAGUGUCGUCUUCCUCAAGACGGUCAAAGGGACUCGCUAUCAGCUCACCUUUCGCGCCACCAAUCCCGAGUUCUCUGUUAUCUACUAUCACAAACGAAAGUCAUACAACGAGACGCAGAAAGCCGUGCAAACAGACUCGCAGCACUACUUUGUGGAGCGACGCGAUGUGAAAGAGGUCGACUACGUGCUUCGACGCAAAGAGUACCGCAUCAUCGACGAUCCCUCGAGCAACGAGGUGCUGGUCUUCUUGAAUGCCGACAAAAACGGCUUCAGUGAGAUGCGCUCAGAGAUGGAGGAGAGCAUGGAGACUAAGGUCUACGUGCAGAGGGCCGGUCUCCUCUUCCUCUUACAGACCAACCAUGUCACCGUGGAUAUUGCCCGACCCUUGCACGAGGAAAUCGACGAAACGUCUCGAAAGGCUGUCUACAGCAACGAGCGUAAUCGGGCCUCCAUCUUGGCUCGAGUUGACAAGGAUCUGCGGGAUUCGAACCGAGGCAGUGCAGGACGGUACUAUGGCAGUGUAGUCGAGUGGUUAGCGUGUCAAGCUACCGUCCUCCACUGUCGCGGUUCGAAUCCCGCUGAGGGUGUUGAUAAGACCAAUGCGAGGUCGAAACUGCAGUCCACUGCUGCCUGGAUGAGAGCGGUUCGAAUCCCGCUGAUGGCACUCCCACCAAAGAAUAUGAUAUAG